AUGGAGGAUUGCGGUCAUCCAUCGAUUUCCAAGGGUGUUUGUACAUCCUGUGGGUUGUGUGUGGAAUCUGAGUAUGACUAUGUGUCGUCAUACACGCCUUGCACAUCUGUGAUUCCAAAGAAAAAGAAAUACCUUGCUGCCGACGAGUCUAGAAGGUAUAACAAAAGCGUGGAAUCGUUGGUUAAUAUUCUAAACAUACCAGGCUAUUCGGACGAAAUCACGCAUCUUCUACAGACAAAAGACUUCAAGCAAAGGAUCGGGAUCAACGAUAAGGUACUUGCAGUGGCAUACAAUGUACUCAAAAGACAUCAAUACCCAAUAUCAUACAGUGAUCUGCAGCCCUUCACAGAGAAGACCAGACUGAGGCUCAAGAGAAUUCUGCUAAGGGAGUUUGAGUAUAUAGAGCCAUCCUUGGAAUAUCUCACGGCGGUCUUCCAGAGAGUCAAGGACUUUUGCCUUUCACAUGGCUUCAGAGGCAGCCAUGCGCUGGAGGACUUCAUCUCAAUAUCCCGAAGCAACAGGUGUGUGAAUCCCCAUAGCCUCUGCGUAGCAUACUUCAUUAGAAAUGAGAACCUACAGGACUUUCACAAAAGGUUUAAUCUUGAGAAGAUCAUAAGUAUAAGCUCGCUAAGGAGGAUUGUAAAAAAGAUGCAGGAGAACCUCCCGGAAAGAGAAAAUGCCCAACCAUCAGCAAAAAGGAGACUAAGGGUCAAGUACAACGCAAAGAAGUACUUCAUUGGCAUGCUACAAAGACAAUCAUGGCCAAAGUAA